AUGAAGCCUACACUUCCGUUAAGUGUUAAAAAUAUGUGUAAAGAAUUUGUAACAAGUUUUUCUAAUCAUAAUUAUAGUGGAUUUUCAGAUAAGUUUAUUUAUAAUAAGACAUGGAAAGAAUCUGAAGAGGAAAUUUUAUUAGUCGUAAAUGACAUUUUUAGUACUAUAGAAGACGUGUGGAACAAUCCAGCUCUUAACUCUAAAACGGCUGAAGCAUUAAAUGAGGAAACUUACCAGUCUACUGUUAUUGUACCAUUUAUUCGAGCUGCACUAAAAAAUCUUCCCUUUAGAUCAUCUUCAUUUAUUAGCAUAUCGGAAAGAGAAAGUCUUGCUAGUGCGAAUAGAAAAGGAGAUGGUCAAGCGGGAAGACAUCCAGAUAUAAUGUUUAUUGUGAAACAUUUGGAUGUGCUCUUCAAAAUUAUGUAUGUCGAAUACUCGAGGUUGGUUUGUACAUCUCAAAAAAAGGAUGAUGAUGAUAUUAAGUUAUGGAGAGAGUGUAAUGAUGGUAUGUAUUAUACACGAAAGUUUCUUAAUCCAGAAAAAGACCAAUUUGGAAUCGUUAGGAUACAAAUAGCAAGAGAUACUUUACAUCUGAAUGUUCUUAUCAGGGAUAUGAUGAAUAUUUAUAAAUAUUAUAAUAUAGAAUUGGUAACAAUCCCUGUGCAAAAGUCAAAUAAGACCAUUGUAAUUAAAUUUGUAGAAGCUCUUCUCUUUUUACAUAACAUGAUAAUUACAAAUAAGUCUUUACUAUAUCAUGGAUCAGUGUGUAUAUCUGAAAGGCAAAAGGAAGGCAGUACGACUAUAGAUUCUGAAUAA